AUGGAGGAUGAAGAAAAUGCUGCUCCCCCCAGUUUUGCAGGUGCCACUUCUGUUGGCACAUCUGGCCAAGCCAGACAAAAUAGUUUGGAUGAGUCUCCGGUGAAGAUGGUGGUGAAGGAUUUGCUGCCCAUUUGUGCUGUGGAGGAUGAAGGCUUCAGGGCCUUUGUCCAUGACCUGGACCCAAACUAUGUCCUCCCAACAAGGAAGGCUGUGGCUGCAAUGAUCACUGAGCUGUAUGACAGGACCAAGGAGAAAAUCAAGGAAGACCUUAACAAGGCAGAUGCUGUUUGUCUUACCACUGAUAUGUGGUCUUCCAUUAACAUGGAUGGCUACCUUGGGGUGACGGGUCACUUUGUGACACCAGACUCAAAGCUGGCUACUGUUUUACUGGGAGUGAGCGGCUUUGAGCAGUCUCAUACAGCUCAACACAUAGCGGAGGCCCAAAGGCUCCUGAUGGCAAACUGGGGGAUCACAGGAAAGGUGCACUGCAUGGUGACUGACAAUGCAGCUAACAUGAAGCUGAGUGUCCAGCUCCUCAACCUCCGGCAUGUGUCUUGCUUUGCACACACCCUAAAUCUUGUAGUUAAAAAAGCCUUGGACCAAACACCCCCCAUCAAUGAGAUAAGGGAAAAAAGCAGGAAAGUGGUGGGGUUGUUUAGGUCCAGCUGCAAAGCUAAAGACAGACUCAGCACCUUUGACAUGUUUCAAAGACUCUAUGAUCAGAGAGAGCCUGUGGGGGCGGAUCUCUCCAACUUAGAGAAUGAUGUCUCUCCUCUGUCCUGUGCAGAAUAUGAAAUGAUUCAUGAGGCACUGUUUCUGUUGCAGCCUUUUAAAGCAGCAACAACUGAGCUGUCAGAGGAGAAGAGAGUGUCAGCAUCAAAAGUCAUUCCUCUAUAUCGGAUGCUGCAGCACAACCUGUUAGAAAAAUUGAGGCACUCAAAGCAGCCAGCAACUCAGCAAUUGGGCACAUUCUUGAAGGAUGGACUGCAGGCAAGGUGUGGUCAAUAUGAAAUUGUCCGACCACUGGCAACAUUACUGGAUCCACGAUUCAAAAACCUGGGUUUUGGCAACCCAGCAAAAGCACAGGAAGCAGAAAAGCAGCUGAUACUGGAGUGUGCCACUUUGAUCCAGCCUGCUGAAACAUCUGAUCCCCAAAUCGCACCUUCAUCAUCAUCCACAGCAGACAACAGUCUCUGGGACAUGUUUGACCAAAAAGUGAAGAACAAAACCACCACACGCAGCAUCACAGCAGACGCAACAAUUGAAGUUGGAAAAUAUCUUCAAGAGCCCUUCAUUCCCCGAUCUGCAGAUCCUCUUGCAUAUUGGAAGGAAAGGGCAGUGGUCUUUCCACAUCUGCAUAAACUUUCAAAUAAAUUCCUUUGCAUUCCUGCGACAAGUGUACCAUGUGAAAGAGUUUUUUCCAAAGCUGGAGAGGUGAUAACGAAGAAAAGAAAUCGGUUGCACCCCUCCACUGCAGAAAAAAGAAUCUUCUUAAAUAAAAACCUUGAAAUCUAA